AUGCGUUUACAAUCUCUCUUCUUCAAGGCUCUGCUUGGUAUCCCUCUUGCCACCGCAGCUGUCCUCUCAAAACAUGAGAACUCAUUUGAGCUUGUCGACGGCCCAUUUUUCACAUUCCACUACAAGACCGACAGGCCAUCAGAGAAAAAUUGGAUCGGAAUCUACAGCGUUUACGGAGAGGGCCCUGGCAAGGAAGACGCGCUAUAUUGGGAUUGGAUGCGAGAGUCAGAAGAGACCAAGCGUGUUGACGAUCUCCAUCUAAAUUGGGGCGCCUACAAGGCGUACUUCCUCGUUGGCGAGGACUAUCAAGUACUCGCUGGUCCAAUCGAUAUCUUUCUCUCCGGCGACGGUCCGAUCUCCUUCAAUGUCGACAAAUUUACGACCAAAAAUGGUCGCGAGGGUGAACAGUUUGAGGCCCGAGUGAGCGGUCUUCUGCACCAUGCGCCGGACCCCAACACCAAGUACAGCAAGGACAGCUCUGAUGCUGACUGGAUCAGCGUGUCCGAGGAUGGUGUCCUUUCUGGAACACCUAGCGAGAGCGGUAACUUCGUUGUGACUGUCAGAGCUACUGCUUCGGACAAAUCUACAGCCACUGUCGAUAUCACAGUUCCGGUGGUUCCCUCAGCCAGCCCCCUUGUCACUGAGAUCAAGGUCAUGUCCUUGAACCUCUGGUAUGGCGGUACCAAAGUCAGCGACUACAACCGCAAACAAAUUUCCGCCAUCGCCAACUCAAACGCAGACAUCGUCGGUCUCCAAGAGAGUACCCACGGCCACGCAACUCAGAUUGCAGAUGCCCUUGGUUGGCACUCAUGGCAAGGCACAGAUUCCAGUAUCAUCAGCCGCUAUCCCAUAGCCGAGAAGUACGGUGCCGUUACCAAUGUCAGCGGCGCCGUGCGGAUUGCUCUCGACGGUGACGACAACCAAGUCAUCAUCCACAACUGCCAUCCCUACGCCUACCCCUACGGACCGUACGUUCCAUGUCUUGAUUUCAAAGAUGCCAACGCCAUCAUGGACACUGAGGAACAAGCCAGUCGCGUCCUCCAAAUUAACGCCAUCAUCGAUACCAUGAAGGACGCCCUUGAUGAUGCCGAAAACAUCCCUGUGCUUCUCACAGGCGAUUUCAACGCGCCCUCUCACCUCGAUUGGACUAAAGCGACGCGAUUCUCACACUGUGGCAUUGGGCCGUUUGAGUGGCCUACCUCCAAGGUUCCCAUCGAUGCCGGCCUCAUUGACGCCUAUCGCGAGCUCAACCCAGACCCUGCCGUUGACCCUGCCAACACUUGGUCUCCUAUUUAUCUCACCAACGAAGAUUACAACAACCGCAGAGAGCCCAUGGAUCGCAUUGAUUUCGUGUACUAUAAAGGAAACCUGACUACUGAAAAGUCGGAGGUUUACAUGGUUGGCGACCCUAAGCCUGAGCCGGAUCACUACUAUAACGAAUGGCCCACUGAUCACAAGGCGGUCCUUGUUACAUUUAAGAUAGGGUCUUAG